AUGAAUAUUAUGUCUACCAACCAGUGUAGUUGGCCCCUUAGAAUUCAGGAUCGUUCUGACAAAGGAAGUAUGAAUAAGGCUCCAUUUUCUAGAGGAUUGGACUUCCUUAAUCUUGGAUACCAGGUUCGAAAGCAUGGCCAUAGUGCCAGAAAAUUCAGGCCCAUUUUUUCAAGUUCAGGGAGCAACAGUAUGGAUCCUUCUGAUUCAGAUGACAUUGAUAAGAACAAACCCAAUGGUGAAAUGGGAGAAGUGAAUGAUAUGCUUAGGGAGAGUCUCGAAAAAAUAGUUGGAAAAGAUGACUCCACCUUCAGUGGAUUUGACCUUGCUACUCUUAUUAGGAACAAAUAUGGGAGAUCCUAUGAUGUUCAGUUAAUAAAGAAGGAAUUCAUGGGAAGAAAUCUCCUUGCGAUGAAUGUCAUGUGGAAGUACAUGGAGCAGAGAUCCUUCCCAUUGACUGAAGAAGAGUACAUUUUGAGGCUUGAUGAUGUUGCAAACACCUUAAAAUGUUGGGGAGCUGUCUCACAUAUUCGGAACAGCCUACAAAAGUCGAAGGAACGACCUCGAAUAGGGAAGGCAGUAAGCAUUUUUAUAGAUAUGGAUGAGUCCGGUGCUCGUGCCAACGAGUGGAUAUACAAAUAG